UACAACACCAGGUACCGAUAGCUGGAAAGAAUGAGAGAGGGCGGAGAUAAAAGUAUGGUGAGAGAUCUCUCCAGGUUGUAUGAUGGAAGGACUGGGAAAGGAGAGAUCCGAGUGCAGCCCUACAAACUCCCCAUGGCUCAGUCAUCCUAAAACGGAGGGCUUGACUCCUCUAUGGAACCUCAAAGACACACCUGUCCCUUCUCAGGCAAAUAAAAGGGAAAAUGACAUGGACAGCAGAAACACUGCGCUGGAAUUGAAAGAUGUCCCACCUCCCCCUCUGCACCACACAUUGCCCUCCCAACCAUCUCAGCUUUUUUCUUCAGCCCCCCUCCCUUUGCCUCCUCCCUGUUUGCUUGCUACCCAUCUCACGCAAAACCCGCCCCAACAACAGCUUCCACCACAACAGCCACAAGCAGGGGCUAGCCCCAAACCAAUGAAUGGUUUGGUGUCCGAGUCAGAAAAGGCGUGGCCCAGUAUUCCUGUUCUCCAACCAGCUCCUGUUUCGAUCCCUAUUUGUAAUGGCUGUGGCACCUCUUCUGAUAGUUUGGCACUCAGCAUGGGCAAAACUUUCCAAAAGUUUGGUUUUCCAGAAAGUGGAAGUUCAGAGAACAUCCCCCCAGUGGGAGUGUUUUGGGACAUAGAGAAUUGCAGCGUGCCAAGUGGACGGUCGGCUGGGGUUGUGGUCCAGCGUAUCCGCAGCCGUUUCUUCCAGGGCCACCGUGAGGCUGAGUUCAUUUGUGUCUGUGAUAUCAGCAAGGAGAGUAAGGCAGUUAUCCAAGAGCUCAACAACUCCCAGGUUACCGUGGCACACAUUAACGCAACAGCCAAAAAUGCUGCUGAUGACAAGCUUCGGCAGAGCUUACGGCGCUUUGCUGAAACCCACACUGCACCCGCGACAGUGGUUCUAGUAUCAUCGGAUGUAAACUUUGCUAGCGAAUUGAGUGACCUGCGCCAUCGUCAUGGUUUCCAAAUAAUCCUGAUCCAUGGUAACCGUACAUCACAGGCUCUGCUGCAACAUGCCCACUGCCAUGUGGCUUUUCAAGAAAUCACUGCCGACCUGCCUCCAAGCAUCCUUGUCAAAACACAGCCAAGUUACAACCUGCUCUAUGUGCACAACCUUCCUAUCGACUGUGACAAGAGCCUGUGGAAUGCUGUGAAAGGCAGGCUGCGCCGCCUCUCUGACAACUGUGGUGGCAAGGUGCUGGGCAUGUCCCAGGGCACAGCUGUCCUCCGUUUUGGCAGCCCCGAGGCAGCAGCUCGUGCCUCGAAGCGAAUGGAAAAUGAGGACGUGUUCGGCCAUCGAAUCCGCCUGUCUGUCUCUCCGCGGCCCAAUCAUGAUGCAAGUCAUGAGUCUCAGCUUCAGCGCCUUCCACAUCCCUUUCCCUUAACUCAGACAAUGCCACAGCCCAAUCAAAGCCAGGGCAAGGUUUUUACCCCACUUGAAGCCUCAUCCUCGUCAUCUUUUCUGCCCCUGGAAAAGUCAAGAUUAUCCAGGCGGUCACGGCGAGCAGCCCGCCAUCGCUACACACCUGGCGCAGUACCUGAAAGGCCAUACAGCCCAAAGAGAGGUUGCUCUGGGCCUCCCGGUUAUGCUCCAGCAAAGCCCCAUCAGGAGUUGGAUAACACAGAAGGCAAACCUAAGCCCAGUUUCCACCACAUGGACAAAGGGCAUCCAAAUUCCCCUUCCCACAGGAAUGGUGAGCUAGAAACACUGGAGCAGCUGCCAAAACCUGGUUUCAGUGGAGAAUCAUUUUACAGGCGAAGGAAGGACGGUUCAAAUCCUCGCAGUGGGACAGAGUCUCCUGUAGAACAAGGGGGUAGAGGCUCAGUCGAGUUUCAAAUCAGCACGCCCUCUGCUUUCAGCAAGCUAAACCUGCACAGAAGCUUCAGCCCUUUUGUUUUGCCUCAGAGUUCCUGGUCUUCCAGAACUGCAUCACCCUGCCUUUCCAGUCGCUCUUCUCCGCUGCGUGCUCCUCCUCGCAGCCCCACUGAAAGUGCACCUGAACCGUUUUCAGAAGGAGCAGAAAUCCAAGUGGCCAAUCUUGACUACAGGAUGUCCCGCAAGGAACUACAACAGACUCUACGUGACAUCUUCUCCCGAUAUGGGCGGGUACAAACUGUGGAGCUGAGUCCUCACACAGACUAUCAACUAAAAGCCACAAUCCAGAUGCUGUCCUUACAGCAGGCCAUCAGUGCUGUGAGUAGGCUGCACCGGUACAAAGUGGGAAGCAAGCGCAUCCAGGUGUCUCUGGUCACUGGUUGCCACAACAAAUCCUUGACCAUGCUCAGUUCAGAGAUCAUCAACAUUCUUCAGGAUGCACCCGCCAGUUGCCUUCCUCUCUUCAAGUUCAUUGAAAUUUAUGAGAAGAAAUACUCUCGUAAGCUUGUGAUAAGCGAUCUCUACAGGUUACCAGAGGUCGUGGCAGUUCGGGAACAGGGGGGCUCCAGGCUUGCGUGCCUUCUGCCCAGCAGCCAAGUCCGCCGGAGUCCACUUGGAUCGUCCCACUCUCAGGAGGGCUCCUCCAUAGCAAGCGGCAGCCCUGUGGUGUUUGAAGACCUAGAGUACCAUGAACCUGUCUGCAGACAGCAUUACACAGACCUAGCCUUCAGUGAGGCAGACUUUGACCCAGACUCCUACAAAAUACCAUUUGUGGUCAUGUCUCUAAGUACUUUAUCCUCUGAGGUCCAUGCACUGCUGCAAUCACACGAUGGGACGCUUCCUCUCCUCAGUUUUCCAGACUGCUACGAAGCCACGUUCAGCCGGCUGCAGCUUGGUAAUGAGACGUUAGAAGGCGGUGUUCCUCUGGAACACUUAAUCACGUGUGUACCCAGUAUUACCAUCGUCACCGCUCAGAAUGGCUUCAAAAUCAUCAAAUGGCUUCAUAAUAAACCGCCAGCUCCCAACUCUGAGCCGUGGCCACAGCGAUGCAAGAGUCCAGUGGGUAACCCUCAACUUAUUCAGCUCAGCAGAGAGAUCAUUGACCUAUUGAAGAGUCAACCAUCUUGCAUCAUACCUAUCCACAAAUUUAUACCAUCUUACCAUCAUCAUUUUGCCAAGCAGUGCAGAGUCUCAGACUAUGGCUAUUCAAAACUGCUUGAGCUGCUGGAGGCUGUGCCACAUGUUCUACAGAUCUUGGGCAUGGGUACUAAGCGGCUACUGACUCUAACUCAUCGUGCUCAAGUGAAGCGUUUCACUCAAGACUUAUUAAAGCUCCUCAAAUUUCAAGCCAGUAAGCAAGUUGCUUUCAGGGACUUCAUGCAGGCUUACCACUGGUGCUUUUCCAGGGACUGGAGUGUAACAGACUAUGGCACGUGCAACCUCACUGACCUGCUGACUGAGAUCCCAGACACCACCAUUACCGUCACACACCUGGACACGGAUACAGUCAUUUCUGUUCCCAAGAGAGACCGUACCGCGGAUGAAAUGGAGCGCGCUAAGCAGUUUGGGAAGGAGGUGGUGGACCUCCUCCGUCAUCAACCUCACUGCCGAAUGCUCUUCAGCAAAUUCAUCCCCACCUAUCACCACCACUUUGGUCGUCAGUGUAAGCUCAGCUACUAUGGAUUCACAAAGCUCUUGGAGCUCUUUGAGGCCAUCCCUGAAGUCCUGAUGGUGCUGGAAUUCAGCGAGGAGAAGGUCCUGACCCUAACAGAGGUGGAGCGCGUCAAGGCUCUAGCAGCUCAGCUGGUCAAGCUACUGCGAGCUCAAAAAAACUCCAGCCUUCCUGUGAACCAGUUGCUCACAGAGUACACCAAGACCUUUGGUUAUAGUCUACGUCUGCAGGAUUACGAUGUCUGCUCCCUGCCUGCUUUGUUAAACAAGCUCUGCCAUGUUGUUAUGGUCGUGGAUGGCACAGAAGGCAGAGAAGUUCAGCUCAUCAACAGGAAGUCUUUGCGUUUUCUGACAUCACAACUUCUGGCGCUGCUUAUGUCUCAAGAGGAGCACAUUGACAGAGGUGUCAAGGUGGACGUACUGAGCCUGCAUUACCAAACUGUCCAUGGAGCCCCACUCAACCCUUGUGAAUAUGGGUUCCUAUCCCUCAGCGAGCUACUCAAAAGCUUACCCUACCUUGUGGAGCUUUACCGUGAAGAAUGUGAUGGAGUUGACUCUAGCGACACCAUAAGCGGUCUUGGUGAGGAGUGGGUGAGACUGACCAGGCUUUACCAGUUUGCCCGUAACGUACGCGCACUGCUCCACACCUACCAUUACAACCAGAUCUUCAUGUCCGAGUUCCAAGGAGCUUAUAAGAAGUUUACUGGUUCCAACCUUGAGCCACGCUACUAUGGAUACACCAGCACUGAUGAGCUGCUCAGUGCAAUUCCACAGGUGGUCUGGAUCAAAGGGCACGGUCACAAGAGGAUUAUCGUUUUGAAGAACGAUAUGAAAGUGCGAGCAACUGCUUCAGUCUCUAGCAGUCCACUUCCAGGAGAGAAUGUGGAGAGCCCCAGAGAGAGCCCAACAAGCACCACACCUUUGGAAGACCAGAGUCCAAGAGCCGACUUGGCACUGCAGUCAGAGCUGCAAUAUCAGACCUUCCCAAUUGACCUUCUCUGUGGCCCGGUGCCAUCCAGUUUGCCCUCGCCUCAGCUCUACCCGGACUCUGUCCUCUUGCAGCAGGUGGAUCUGAUACAUUUUGAGGAGAAAACAUCAGAGGGUGUAGAAACCAACGCGGCUACUGAUGGCUCUGCGGUCGAUGACACCAAGACCACUUUGGACAGUCCCAGCAGAAGAGGCCCACGCAAUCGAAUCAAGCUCGCUGCAAACUUUGCAUUUAAAACAGGUUUCUGAAUCAAAAGGUGAGCACAUCAAGCCAUUCUAGAAGAACCACAGUGUAACUCUUAAGUAGAAGUUAUUCACCCCAGAGAGCCUUUUUGCUUUGCUACUUCCUGGCAUUGCAUUCUGAGCUUGUGCUUGUAUUUUCCCUUCCAUUCAGUCAGUCGUCCUCAAUGCUUUGAGCCGUUUAUCUUUUGCAGAUGUUCUGCAAUUUGCAAAAUGUUGAAUCUCCUUAUUGUUACAAAAAUAUUUUCUUUCAUCCCACAGGAAAUUUAAAUUCUCAGAUGUGUCUGAACACUUUGUAGUCCAGACAUGAGUUUGAUGUCACACAUGCACCAUUUACAGUUGGUACAAUUGUUUUAUGAGGUUAAAUUCUCAGUUAACAAGCUUGACAAAAUGACGGUUUUCACGGCUACUGAUCUCAUAUAAAGAACCCCUCCUUCAUACUUCGAGACAAAUUAUUUCACUUGAUUUUAAGAACUUUGUAGGUGUGCCGCGAAAUGCUGAAGACCUCCAUACCCACGUUUGAAGGUGUCUUAAGAGUUUGCCUCCUUUAGAUCAGAAUUUAGUGGCCAUGGUUUCUGAUUUAGUCCCUGGGAGGUGUGCUCACGGUCGUACGCCUGAAACCAAAGGUCUCCCUGGUGCGUUUGACCAAGUUAGGAUCCAGCGGGCAACAUUUUUGUUUUUUAACGGUCAUGUAUUGUGACAUAUGCACAGUGUGCAUACGUGAGUUGAUGCAUAGUGUGAGCCCAGAAGCAGCAGCAGAGGAGAAAACCUCUUUGAAACCAGCAUGUUUUAGACCACAUAAGCAGCCGCAACUGAAAUAUUCAAGGUUAUUAGGGUUUUUUUUGCUCAACCUUGUUAUUGCAAGUAGCGUCUGUGGUGGUUUGCUGUCUUAGUCGACGGUUCAAGGGAAGUAGGGGAGUGCUCCUAAGUUUUUGAUUUUAAUGCAAGGUGAAUAGUUGCGUUUUUGGGGCAGGGUGGUGGACUUGUUGGUGGAGCAUGCGCAACGCCUCCACAACAUAAGAGUGUAGCGUCCACAUAGAGAAGCCGCUGCGGCUCUCUGGAAUUUGCCUGGCAUUUACAAUGGCUUGUAUUUGCCACGGCAGCAAAGGAACAGGCAGGGUUACCUCCCCAACAUCACAGGUUUUUACCAUGUGUCAAUUUCCUUCCCUUUUGGCCGUCUCAUGUUUGCUGGUCUGCUGUUGCUACCAAACACUGCGGGUUUACUCUUCAUUUAAACAUGACACGAGCACCGAGUGGCUGUUAUUGUUCAGAGAAAGACAUUUGGAGAAUGGGUAAGAGCCCAUUCCAUCAGCGGCGAACGCCGGCGAUACAUUUUACCACUCAUUCAGUUGUCAUCAUGACUAGGAUUUAGGUUUGCCUUGAAAGCUGAGAGUCCACCUUUUGACCACUCACCAAGAUGUUUGUAACUGACUUCUGCAGCGUAUACCCUAAUACUGAUCAAUGAGUGCAGCGCAUGAUAGUCUGAGCUUUAAAUAUCCCAGGAAAUGUCUAUUUUAACCUUUUGUCUAUUUGAGUAAAGCUACAUUCUCGCUGCGUGGUGACAUCCAACUCAUGGCUUAGUUUAACUUGGCCCAGUUAUUUCCCUUUUGUUCAGGUCGCAUCUGUACCAUUUCAAAUAUGCACUCCUGCAUAGUCUUGGUUGAUGAAAUAAAUCUGUGUGAUUAGAGUAUAUAGUUUAAACUAAUUCUAGGCCUCUGUUUCUUUUUACUAAAUCCCUUGAUUUUGUCAAGUUUUUUCAUUUGCAUGGCGGUUUUGCAUUAUAAUCCACUAAUUAUUAAGAAAAAUAAUAAUCAACCUGUGUUGUUUCAAACUGCUACCAUGGUAAUCAUUGUUUAGACCCUCAAACACCACCCAUUAAUCAACUUUAUUAAAACCGUACCACAAGAUGUUACUGUCAAACAUUUGUUGAAGGGACCAAAACCUUUGUUAAUAAACUUUACUGAGCAUUA